UUAUUGUCAUGUUAAUUACAAUAUUAUUUUCGUUCGAAAUUGCACAAGUGUAAUAGAAAUGAGGAGACACUGUUGAGACUCUUUUUGCAAUCAUAACGAUUAAGAAAAACUUCGAUCUAAUUAGAUCUAAUGGGGCAUGUGGACACCAACUAUCUGCCCCGCUGGUGGACCGGAGGCGUCUGCUCGGCCAUUGCAGUGACCACCACCCAACCGCUGGACCUCAUCAAGGUACAGCUGCAGACGCAGGCCAGAGCGGACCGGAAACCUGUCACUGAGAUCAUCGGCAACAUCUAUAGGCAAAGUGGAAUUUUGGGCUUCUACAACGGCAUCUCGGCCUCCUGGUUCCGCCAGCUCACCUACACCACCACCCGCUUCGGCCUGUACGAGUGGGGCAAGCAGUUCGUCAACUCCGAGGGCGUAGGUGCCAAGGUGGGUCUGGCCAUAUUCGCCGGCCUCUGCGGUGGGAUCGUAGGGGUGCCCGGUGAUGUUAUCACCGUGCGGCUUCAAAAUGACAGCAAACUGCCGCCGGAAAAGCGACGAAACUACAAGCAUGUCUUUGAUGGCCUGUUCCGCAUUAUCAAGGAGGAGGGUGUGCGCAGUCUCUUUCGCGGCACCCUGCCCGCUGUUUCAAGAUCCGUGCUCCUGACCAUUGGAACCAAUGCCACGUACGACCAGGUGAAGCAAAAGAUUAGGUCAGUCACCGGAGCGGCUGAUGGCCUGCCGCUGCACUUCACCACAUCCACGAUAGCCGGCUGCAUUGCCGUCUCUUUAAUGCAGCCACUUGAUGUAAUUAAGACGACGUACAUGAACGCCAAGCCGGGCGAGUUCUCUGGGAUCGGCGGAGCCGCCUUGAGCAUCGCCCAGCAAGGACCAUUGGCCUUUUACCGUGGAUUUAUUCCGGCACUGAUUCGUGUCAGUCCCAAUACGAUCAUCACUUUCAUUCUUUAUGAGCAGGCGCGACUGCGCUUUGGCUAUCUGGAGCCCGAAGACAAGUUAUCAUAGGGGGAUCUGUGUGGAAUUCAUCCAUGAUCCUUAGUUUUUAUAAAUCCGUUUCAUACGCAUUUACUCGCUACUCAAAACCAUAUUGCGUUUA